AGAAGCCCUAGAUUGGAGUAACACGUCACUCUAGUGAAGACUAGAAGCCGGCCGGGGAGUCAUCCCUCACCGUCGUCUUUCCCUCUUGUUCAUCCCUGUGUAUUCACCUCCCAAUGCUGUAAUUUUCUGUCAGUAAGACGACUUAUUCUUCUCCUCACCAGUCCAGAGACCAACCUCAUAUCAAAGGUAAGUUUUCUCGCCGGUUUUUGCUCGACAGUGAGGCCGACUGUUCACUCACGAAGGGGGCAGGAAGUGGGUUAACGCCGAUGCUACAUUCCGUUAGCCUAGCCGACCGACUGUCCUGCUUUAGCUCGCAGCUGUGUGUCACAGUAAUGUACUGAUGUUUGGUAAAUGCGGCGGACACUACAUCUUUGUUGAAUUAGUUUAGUUCGUGUCGAAUUUCUUUCGUCGAUAGGCGGGAAAACGUUUUAAAUGAGAGAUGGUUGACUUGAAUGUUGGUGGUCUCUGAGAUCACAUCAGAUCUCGACCUUUACUGAGGGUCUUAUCAGGGAUGUUGUGUGUUCUGCAGCCCCCCUGUCAACAUAAGGUUAUCUCUUCGCUCAGUACUGAUUCUUGGAACGUCGAAGCACUGUUCAGUGUUUUAGUUUUCACAGACAAAAAACUGGGCUAAAUAAUGGUCAGCUAGGGCUGGGUGGUAGAGGUAAAAGUUUAUCACAAUAUAUAUUUUGCAUAUCAGUUGAUAUCGAUAAAGUCAGAAUAUAAAAAAAACACCAGUCCAUCUUUAAUGUUGCCUGUUAAGAUCCUGUCUCACCGGGAGCGUUUUUUUCGUGCGAUUAUUUCCGACGUCAGUAUUUGUUUUCGAAUCUGUAUCCUGUCAAUACAAGCGUUCACAUCCCAUCCUGCGAUGUUGCGGCAUUUAUUUUUUUCGGAUCAUAGUCAAUUUUUCUAAAGUUUCGCAUACUGUGUGUCCACUUCUGACCAAUCAGAUUUCGUGUUGUUGCGAUGUCAGAUUCACCGGCAUAUCCAACAUGGCUGACCGGCUGAUUGUUUAUGAUCGUUUACACAAACAAUACAAAGAUGACGACCUGAAGGACAACUUGUGGAGAGUCAUAGUGUCGGAUUUGUGAAAUGACGAUGGUUUGUGUGCUUGAACAGUUUGCUAAACGUCUUUGUUUUAACUUUCAUCUGUGCUAACUGAGCUAACGGUUGUUAACAUAGUUUCAUGUGCAUAUCUGGUACUGACUCAGUACAUGCUAUCAUGACAGAAAGCCAUCUCAACACUAGUGUGUAGUCCUCUGCCUCUUCAAACUUUGAGCUAAUUGUUUCAGCAGAACUUCAAAUUGUCCAACAGACAUCCAAAAAUAGGUUCUGAAGCGACUGUGGUACAGUUUCAGCUCGAUGCACCCAUGUGCUAUGUUUCUUUUGAGAAAGCAAAAGAAGUACCAAUUUGCCAUCACUUGAAGUUUAAGUAGACUCCAGGGAAGUCUUCCCCGGGAUGCGUCUUUUCGCAUCGGGCUUGAUGUGUAGAAUCAGGCGCGUCAAAAUUCGCCUCCGAAUAUUUCAUAGUUUUGCCUUCAAUAUUUGCAUCAGCCCUGGUGCGUAAGGCCCUUCACUCUUAAAUGAAAUUUAACAGUAGUUACUGGUUGCAUGUCUUUUGCAGUACAAUACAGGACUUGAACUACUGCAUCUGUGCGUCUUUGUGUCUCUUUGACGUUUUGUUGUAAGGUGUUGCGCUAGAGAAAGCAGACUGAAUGGUCGGUUCAGCACAGCAGAGACCCGGAGCAACUCCUCUUUUGAUUGGCUAUUUGUAUAGUCUACCAAACCAUGGCAGAAUGCCGACUAUCAUGGCAUAUUUAUAUCAUAUUGAUAUCGUUAUCAUUUUAUUGCCCAGCCCUAUAGUCAGCCAAUCGGUUUUUGAAUGACAGCUGGAAUAGAAAACCCCUUUUUUCAAUACCAAACUGGGACAUCAGAGUCACUUUUUCUGUCUGCUCAAGCGGAUCACCUCAGGUUUCAGUAUUUAAACAAGGCUGGGAAGUAUCAAACAACACAGAGAGGACUGAGGGGGAUCCUUUUAGGGUUCUGGUUAAGAUUUAAUUUGGCCAGUAAUCUAGAAAUACAGAGUCGAUUAACUAACUACACCUAAGGAACAAAACCACUGUCAUUUGUCUCUGUUUUCAUUCAUUAUUAUUAUUAUUAUUAAUACUAUAAUGCUUAUGUAAUACCAUUGUUAUGCACUUUAUGUUGGCAGCUCCCAGUCAUCUCUUAGACGCCUUCAACUUGUUCAAAAUGCUGCUGCCCAUCUUUUAACCAAUACUAACAGAUGUAAGCACAUCACUCCUGUCCUUCGCUCCCUUCAUCGGCUUCCCGUCUCUUAUAGGAUUGAUUUUAAACUUUUGAUGUUUGUUUUUAAAGCUCUUAACAGCCUCGCCCCUAUCUAUUUAGCUGAGCUUUUAACCCUUUGGGAGCCAGGUAGAGCUCUGAGUUCGUCAAACCAACUUCUGCUGGAAGUGCCCAGAUCAAAACACAAACUCUGGGGUAACCGAGUCUUUUCAGUCGCUGGUCCCAGGCUCUGGAAUAAGCUUCCCACCGAAAUGAGACUGAUUUCUGACCUGGGCAUUUUUAGAUCUGAGUUGAAAACGUAUUUAUUUGAGCUGGUUUUUAAUACCCAGUAGCACUUUGGUUCACCUAAAGGGUUGUUGUAAAGGGCUGUACAAGUCAAGAAACAUUUACAUUUACAAUAAUUAUUAUUUGAUUCAUAUUAAGCUUAGAUGAAGCUCUUAAACUGACAGGGUUGUUUUUAUUUGCAGUAAAAUAAAUAAAACUGCAUUUGGGUCUAUCUGUCAAAAAAACUGUGAUUUGGGAUCUGAAACUGGUUACUGACUUGACACUGAUUUCUGAUACUUUAUAGGCUUUAAAAAUAAAUUAACAGAUAAUAAAACAGUUGUGGUUCAACACAGUACAAACUUGUCCCGUUUUAAUUUUAACCUGUUAAAUUGGAGUAUGUACUUUGGAGACAUACAGCUCCUCCUGAUAUCAGUGAGACAGAGGGAGUGUCUGUUGUAACCAUAACAGGAUCUUGGUAACACUUUUAAUAAGGCAUCAUUACUACUUCACUGACACACUGUUAAAGGUAGAGCCUAAAAAUACCAAUAGGAUUCCUCGACACUAUUCUUGUCCUUAUCGAAACAAGUUUGUCAGGUUUCUGAUGUCACAUAUCUACGUCACGCUUCUGAAUGCCUACGUCUUAUUUUGGCAUGGGAGUGAAAGGAGUUCCUGUAUAAAGAGCAAUUCACUCAGACGAGUGGAACAGUGUAAACUGACUCCACCAAGUUCUCUGUUCGACCGUCGACCUCACUAUUGUCUACUGGACUCUUUCUCUACUGAAGCACGCUGAUGGCGACCUACCAGGAGUUCAUCCAACAGAACGAGGACAGGGAUGGAGUAAGAUUCAGCUGGAACCUCUGGCCGUCCAGCCGUCUGGAAGCUACCAGGCUAGUGGUCCCAGUCUCCUGCCUCUUCACACCUCUCAAGGAAAGACCUGACCUGCCACCUGUUCAGUAUGAACCAGUUCUGUGCAGCCGGGCCAACUGCAAGGCAGUGCUCAACCCACUUUGGUGAGUAACUAAGAAAGAAAAAGACGAUAUGGGCUUAAAAAAUUAUCAGGAUAAGAUUUUCCAUUCUGGCGACAACGAUAAAAGUCCUGAUAAAAAAGAUUAUAAUUCCUAUAUAUAUGUUUUUGAAUCAUUUUGUCUUGAGGACACCAGUUAGAAUAGUCGAAUAAGAUCUUUAACCACAAGUUUGAGUUGAAGGUUAUGGAGAAAACUAGUGAUAUCAAACAAGUGAAAACAUUUUCAACAUUUACCUGAUUUCACUCGUCUAAACCCCAAUCUUGAAGGAACUCCCUCACGUGGAGCCUCGUUCAGUAACGAGCUGCUCAGAAACGUCUUCUUCGUUACCUUCGGCCAUGUUUGUUUGUUAUUCUGCUCUGUUUGGGUGAUAACUUGCAUUUAAUUUGCAUUUAUCGUACUUAUCAUGAGACGGCAAAUAUUGAUCAUCGAGAAUUUUUCUGAUGAUAUAUCAACAAUGAUUAUUUAUCGCCCAUCCCUAACUGCUCGUGUAUUUUUUGUUUUCAAAUCUGAAUGCACAAGAUCUUUAAUUUUCCGCCAAAGGUGGCUGCAGGGACCUGAAUUUGUUGUUGUGUCUAGUAUUUUAACACAUCAGCAAUUACAAAUGCUGAUGUGUCACAAGCAGUAGGAGUGGUUUAAAAAAACACUGGGAAUACAACUUUGUGUAAACAACACUUAGUCACAGCUACACCCCUACCAGGCCGGUGCAAACCUUUUAAUUGAUUUGUUCUUUCCACACAGCCAAGUUGACUUCAGAGCUAAGAUAUGGGCGUGCAACUUCUGCUUCCAGAGAAACCCAGUAAGUAUUAAAGUCAUCAGUGUUAAUUAGUUGGAUAAUCACAGAUUCAUUAGUUAUAUAAUCUUGCGUUUAAUUCUUAAUGUAGACGAGCUGCAUUCCUUUAACUGUCUGGUUCAUCCUGUCCUCUCUGUGUCUUUGCAGUUCCCUCCUUCUUAUGCAGGCAUUUCAGAAGUGAACCAACCGGCUGAACUCAUGCCACAGUUUUCAACCAUUGAGUACAUAGUACAGGUAAAUACCGUAUACAUGCCUGCACUCUGACCCUAACCCCUAUACAUGGAGAUUGCAUGUACGGAGCAAAGGUGUAUAUUAACGAUUUGUGAUGAUGACACCCUAAAGCUGACAGCUCUCGUUUGAAAUUGUAGGUCAGAUUGAUUUAUUGGUCUCAUCCUGCAACUUAAAAACUUCUAAAACGUUGUUGUGGACUAGGAGAGCAUUCUCAGUGCUUUAAUAUUCUCUAAAUGUUAAAGUAGUUAAGAGCAGGAUGAUGUUAAUAUUGGCAGUUAAAAUUAUACUGGAACAUCUUCAAACUUGUAACGAAGCCCGGCUUUUUCUGUGUGUAGCAAGUGUAGCCUUAUAAAUAUUGCAUACUGCUGUCAAAGGUAACAUGAUCUCCUGAUAACGCUGCACCAACUGUAGUAUUCUCUUAACUUUCUCAGACCUGUGUACGCAGAGCUAAUGUGUUGAUAUCCUCCCUCUCUAACCUCUUUAUUAUAGCGUGGACCCCCAGCCCCUCUGAUCUUCUUGUACGUGGUGGACACAUGUCUGGAAGAAGAGGAUCUCCAGGCCCUGAAAGAGUCCCUUCAGAUGUCCCUCAGCCUGCUGCCACCAAACGCCCUGGUGGGCCUAAUCACGUUCGGGCGCAUGGUUCAGGUUCAUGAACUCAGCUGUGAGGGGAUUGCCAAGAGUUAUGUGUUCAGGGGAACCAAAGACCUCACUGCCAAACAGAUCCAGGUGGGUGGAGACAAACACAACCGAAAAGUUAGAACUAUGGAGAGAUAAAUAAAUGAGUGACAGAUGCCAGGGUUAGAGUUUCCGUAUCUGUUUGUUUUGAUUGAUCAAAAAUCGCCUUUUAGAUUUCAAAUUGCGGCCCCUUUCCCACUUGUCACGCCCUUCCUUUUCUUACUCUUUUCUGUUCAGUUUUCUAGGGUUAGACAUAAAAGGCUUCAUCGAUGUACCUUAAAAAAAUCUUUUAUUUAUCUUAAUUAUCCUCUAUUUUGUGUUUCAGGAGAUGCUGGGUUUAACAAAGCCCGGAGCAGCAGGACAACAAGGUCGCCCACCUGCACCUCAGGACGCCGCAGCCUCUUGCAAGUAAGGAGGAGCGUGAAAACUUGACACCUGUCUUAGUCAGCAACUGGUUAAAACCCACAAUCAUACUGUCUCUUGUCUAAACCACGCCGUGUGUCCCUAUCCAGGUUCCUUCAGCCUGUGCACAGAGUGGACAUGAAUCUGACUGACUUGCUCGGUGAGCUUCAGAGAGACCCAUGGCCCGUACCUCAGGGCAAAAGACCCCUCCGCUCAACUGGUGUCGCUCUCUCUGUCGCUGUUGGUCUGCUGGAGGUACAGUUCUCAAGCACACAAACACACAGACACACUAUGAUACAUGAAGUGCUGGAUAUAACGCUGAACUAUGAAGGCACUGUUUCACGAUGUGUGGUUGAAGCUAAACUAACUAAAACCUUUUCUUGAAAUUGAAUUUUCAAACUAGGGCUGGGCGAUAUGGCCUCUAAUCAAUAUCACAAUAUAUUGAUUAGUUCACCUCGAUAACCAUAAAUGGACGAUAACUACUCCACAAGCUGCUCACCCCAUCCCACAUUAACUUCGUCUACUUCAGCCGCAACAACUUUUGAACCGUCCUCCAUCGUCUUAAAAGGGACAUGAGAUCAUAGCCUACCUACACACAUCCAAAACCAACUUUUAUUUGUUUAUUUUUUUGACACAGAAUAUAUUGACAUGGAAAAAAUGAUGUUUGUUAUUGUCGUAAAUUUCAGUAUCGGUAAAUUUUCAGUUUAUCACCCGGCCCUAUUUCAAACCGACAUCCUUUAAAACAACCGUGUUAAAACAUCCAGCAGCCAGAACUUUAGCCUGCUCAAAACAAUCGUGCCACGUGUAAUUGUUUAGAAAUCCACAGUCUGCCUGAUAACUGACUCUGCAGGAACAGUACAUAUGCUCGGUUCAAAGGCUGCUUCCUUGUUUGCCUUCUGUCUUUUUCUCUCCACCAUCAUUAUCCUCUCUGUUCCUACUGCUAAUCUGCAUGGUUAUGUAACCGGGGCAACAGAUCAUUACUCUGCUGUACUCUCUUGUCAGCAGAUAAGAGAUGAAGCCUGAUUAGAAGAAGUUGGCUCUUGCAGUGAUUCACUGAUUUGUGGAGAGGCAUGUGGCUCGAUGAACGGCUCUGUUACAUACCUGACAUGACUGUGAAAAGCGGUAUGCAGGUGUAUUUAUGUCGUUGUUCCCUGUGAGAAAGGACUGGCUGUCCCUUUUUCUAAUGAGUCAUAAUUUGCAUAGAAUUCCUUAUCAAAUGCUCUUAUUAAAUGGACCGCUCCCUUCCCAGUGGCUUUGUAACUAUGUGGCCCAUUUUUAAACGCCUCAGCAGUUUCCCAGAAUCUUGGACUAUGAACUUAGUCGUAAUCUUUGUCUAUGUGGUCUGCCCUUGUUACCCCAGCUGAUUCCUUACAGCUGUAAUUCAGACUUGUUACGCUCCAUAUUUAGAUAUAUUCAGCAAACUUCUGGAUUUCAGCUUUUCCCAUAAUUAAGAAAAGAAAACAAGUUGAAAUUUAAAACUAUUUAAAAUAAGGCUGGGUGAUAAAUCGAAAAUUUACCAAUACUGAGAUUUACAACGAUAACUGACAUCGUUUUGUCCCUGUCAAUAUAUUUGGUGUCAAAGAAAUACAUGAAUAAAAGUUGGCUUGGAUGUGUGUAGGUAGGCUAUGGUCUCAUGUCCCUUUUUAAGACGCUGUCCUAAUGAUUUACAGCUCUCAGACCAGAGACGAUGCGCUUUUUUCUCUUUAUUUUGCACUGAAAACGUGCACAUUACUGUCACUAAACAAACAGUGACAAAGUCUUGAGACAGACAGGCAGAGCAGCUCUGAGCCCUGACAUGCGAGCCAAAUAAGUGUCUUUACGACAAUACAUGCUAAAACACUACCGCUUUUGUCCUUAGUGGCUGCAGAAAAUGAAUCAGCAGAAAAUGAAAAACUCCGUCCAGCUGCUCUUUAACUCUUUGGUUAUCGUUAAGUCAUGAACUUGUGAGGUGAGGCAGAUUUACUCGACAGCAUUCCCAAAUUCUUCUUCUCUUGCCUUCAGGGCACGUACCCCAACACAGGAGCUCGUGUUAUGCUGUUUAUCGGCGGUCCCCCAACCCAAGGCCCGGGCAUGGUGGUGGGAGAUGAGCUGAAAACCCCCAUCCGCUCGUGGCACGACAUCCAGAAAGACAACGCUCGGCAUUUGAAGAAAGCCACCAAGGUGAGCAAGUGCUCGAGCAGUUGAGUAGAUUCAGAUUUUGAGUAAUUGUUAUUUCAAAUCAAAGAUACACUGUAUAUGUUAUCUACUGUGGGUAAACUCACUGCCUGUAAGUGACCUGUUUUUAUUGCUUAUCUGUCCCACAGUACUAUGAAGCCAUGGCAAACCGCUCAGCGACGAACGGCCACAGCAUUGACAUCUACGCCUGCGCUCUGGACCAGACUGGACUGCUGGAGAUGAAGUGUUUGUCUAAUCUCACCGGGUACGUCAGCACUAACCAUUUUAUUAGCUGAAGGUGUGACAGCGUGUGUGUCUCUAUCAGGGAUGCGUAGAUUUUUUUAACACAGGUGUAACCUUUUUAAAAAUGUCGUUUGUUUUGAUUGGUUCACAGGGGCCACAUUGUGAUGGGAGACUCGUUUAACACGUCACUGUUCAAGCAGACCUUCCAGAGGGUCUUCAGCAAAGACUACAACGGAGAUUUCCGCAUGGCUUUCGGAGGCGUCCUAGACGUUAAGGUAAAGAAAAUCUCUGUUUGCCGCGUGUUUGAUAACCUAUCGUUUUUGGUGUAGCUGUUGGGUUUAUGCUCUGUGUCCUCGUGUCCUUGUAGACAUCAAGGGAGCUGAAGGUCUGCGGGGCAAUCGGGCCGUGUGUUUCACUCAACUCCAAGGGUCCCUGCGUAUCAGAGAAUGUGAGCACAAGUCUCGCCUUUCUUCUCACAGUUCAAUUGUAUUCGAACGGCCGUUAUUCACCGUCGCACAAUGUGCUCUCUGUUCUGUGUAGGAGAUGGGCAUUGGUGGCACAAGCCAGUGGAAAGUGUGCAGUCUCAACCCAUCCAGCACCCUGGGCAUGUACUUUGAAGUGGUGAAUCAGGUGAGAGGCAUCGACAGGGAAUCUAAGUCUGAGAGUUCAGCUUCAAACAAAGGAAUAACUGUGAUAAAGGCGUUGUUUAGUGACGCCGCAGCAGAAGAAAAACAUCUAUCAGGCACAUAGAAAUGAUGUUGUGGCUGUUUUUGUUUCUUUGUGCAGCACAAUGCACCAGUUCCCCAAGGUGGUCGAGGCGUGAUCCAGUUCGUUACCCAGUACCAGCACUCCAACACACAGAAGAGGAUAAGAGUCACCACCGUCGCCAGGAAGUAAGUUAGCGUAGACACUCUGUAAUGAUUUGUUUGUAUUAUUAUUAGGGCGAUUUCCCUUUAAAUGGUUCAUAAUCGAUUCAUAAAAUCUGAAGAUCGAUCUUUUAACUUUGGUAGUUUUUUCUUCACUGGACGUGAGGAGAAGCGGCCUGAAGUAUCAACCCUGCUAGUCUCACGUGAUCAGCGUUUAGCGCUGCUUUCCACUGAACAAAAUCUCAUGAUAUAUUACUGCCAACAGGCAAACAAACAUGGCGGAAGCGAGUCCACCUCUAAAGUUAGCGCCAACACGUUUAAAAGCUGAUGUUUGGAUGUAUUUAGGAUUUAACAAGUUGGACAAAAAACGAAUAAUAUGCUAAAUAUUCAACGGGAAGGUAAAACACAGUGGCAAUACGAUGAAUCAGCCUGGAGCAGGUGUUGAUGUGUACCGGGUACCAGGGUCCCACCCGAGGGUGUUUUUUUCCCACCGCUGGUGGUAUUGUCACGGCAAAAAGGAGCUGCCUCACUCCUCAACAUGUUGAUCAGCGUUUUUCAGUUUUACACUGUAUGUUAAUAUACAAUUUACAAGACCAUGCUCUAAAAAACCUUUACUUAUUGCACAAUUUCAAUUCCCUUACAUUUAUCUAGAAGUCAAAAGAUCCUUGUUUGUGUUCUGAUACAGUUGGGUGUCUCCCAACCACUGUGGUAUUAUUGCACAAAAGCUGGAGGACCUGUUUAUAUUAUGUUUAUAGCUACACAUUUACAUUGUUUGCCUUGUAAGUUAUUUUAAUUCAAUGUUUGAAUAACAGUACAUGAUUAGUGUAACUGGUUUGGGUUUAAUUCUUAAUUCUGAUUACCUUGUUAAAAGUAACUUGUCAAAUUUACGGCAUUAUUUUAACUGAUUCAAAUUUAACUUUAUCUGUACGGCACUUUUUAUACAAAAACUGCAGUUCAAAGUGUCUCACAGACUAAAAACAACAAUUUGUGACAAUAAAAACCGACCCUCCCACCCAAACACACACCCAUGGACCCGCACACACACACAGCCGCACACAGUGUGAGAAUUCAAGAUAUAUUGUUGAAGAGACAUGGCCUGACACAGAGACAUUACGUGAGGAAAGAGCUACCUUUAGGAAACACUGGAGAUAAAAAUGGUAAAAAGACUAAAACCUGAUGGACUAAAACAAAAAAAUAAUAUUAAAUGAAGAGAUAAGUGAAAGCUCUUUACCAAAUAAAAACAGGGUAAAAGAAGGAAAAACCUGUGAUGGGAAUUACGAAAAAGACUAAGAAGAGAGAUAAUCAAUAAAAUGACAAAAUAAACAUUAAAAACUUCGAUUAAAAUGAACAUUUGCAAUAAGAGAAAUAUCAAAAGGCAGUUAGUAAAAAGCCUGGUGAAGAAGGUGAGUCUUGAUAUCCCUGACUGAAUCAAUAUAGGAUUGGAUCGAAUCAAAUCGAAUCAGGACCUUGUAAUAUUGAAUCAAAUUGAUCUGGGAAAUCUGAAUUGAUACCCAGCCCUGAUUAUUAUUAACAAGAAAAGUUAUGUACAGAUGGAGCGCUGAAGCGAGUUUAACGUGUAUGUCCCUGAUCCCUUACCUGGCAUUCAGUCAGAGAAAAUGUCAGCUGGAGUCAAUAUUAGCUCAGCCUGAGGGGAUGUUUACAUACCUGACAUUUGUGGUGACACCCUUAAACCUGUAUCUUUGCGUCACCGCCACCACACCCUGUUCUCACCCACAACUAACAACCCACACUGUCCUCCCCUUUUCCUCCACCCUCUCUCUCUCUUUCUCUCUCCUCCGUCCUCUUUGUCUUUUUAAUAGCUGGGCAGAUGCACAAUCUCAAAUCCAGCACAUCGAGUCAUCAUUCGACCAGGAAGCGGCCGCCGUGCUCAUGGCUCGUCUGGGCGUCUUCAGAGCGGAGUCAGAAGAGGGACCGGAUGUCCUGCGUUGGCUGGACAGGCAGCUCAUUCGCCUGGUGAGUGACACGCCCACACCGACACCUCUACGUACAUGCGUUCUUAGGAUUCUUGGGCAUUAUAAGCGGUUCAGCGUCAUUCUGCUGCUGUUUUACGUGGACAAUGACAGAUUUGUUUGAAUGUCUUUUUGUCUCUCUUGGUUACAGUGUCAGAAGUUUGGACAGUUCAAUAAAGACGAUCCCACAUCCUUCAGACUGUCAGAGUCUCUGUCCCUCUACCCACAGGUAAACCUGCCAUCUUGUGGAGACAUGUGGAAAUGACCAACUUCACUUUAAAAUAUCAGUCCAUCACUUCUUAUUAGAGGAAUUUCUCUUGAUUUGUUCAGAUUCAGGUUUACCCUGUCAGGUUUUUUUUAACCUUAACCUGUUUUUGUUUUAAACUUGUUUUUCUUUUUCUCUUUUUCUCCAGUUUAUGUUCCACCUGCGGCGAUCACCUUUCCUGCAGGUAUUCAACAACAGCCCUGAUGAGUCUUCAUAUUACAGGCACCACUUUGUCAGGCAGGACCUGACCCAGUCACUAAUCAUGAUCCAGCCCAUCCUCUACGCCUACUCCUUCCACGGGCCACCAGAGGUCAGCCUCACACCCUCAACACUCUUACUAUCUCAGUCAGAAGAGCAUGUGAACUUCCCUCCAAGCUUCAGCAUGCUCCUGCCAGAGAAGCUAACCACUGUUGGUUUGUUUAGUCCUCUAGUCCAAACUAUAACCUGGAUCUUUGCGUUCUUUACAGCCUGUUCUCCUGGACAGCAGCAGCAUCUUGCCAGAUCGAAUCCUGCUGAUGGACACUUUCUUCCAGCUUGUUAUUUACCAUGGAGAGGUGAGACAGAGGGGAAAUGACCUUUAUCCUGAUUUUAAAAAACAGUCUUCAGGAUACAGAAGAUAGAACAGGGCAUCCUUUAACAAUUAAACUCUCAUCUUUACUCCUAGACUAUCGCACAAUGGCGAAAGGCAGGCUACCAAGAAAUGGCGGAGUAUGAGAACUUCAAACAGCUGCUGCAGGCUCCUCUGGAUGACGCCCAGGAGAUCCUGCAGACACGCUUCCCCAUGCCUCGCUACAUCGACACGGAGCACGGAGGCUCACAGGCUCGUUUCCUGCUCUCCAAAGUCAACCCAUCUCAGACCCACAACAACCUCUACACCUGGGGACAGGUACGGGUGUUACCAGCUACCGCUAACUGUUCUUUGCCAUUUGUAAUGUAAAUGUACAUUAUAGAGCUGCACGAUUAAUCCAUCAUAAAUCGGAAUCCGCGUCAAAUCGUUUAGCGCCUCCAGGCCACAGUAGGCGUCUCCUUCCUGUGUAAACAAACAUGGCGUUUGCAAAAAAAGGCGAUAAUUUCGUGGCUAAAUGGGGCGAGAGCAAGUCAGUCGUGUGGAAUUGGUACGGUGUCGCAUUUUCGGAUGAAGAGCAAACCACUCCCCGCUGCAAAGUCUGUCUGAAGGCGGUAUCAACCUGCAGCAGUACAGCGACACUGACUGGCUUGGCGUAUGCACUACAUUAUUUUCAAUGGUUUAAUUUUGAGAGAUUAUAGAAAAACUUAUUCUUUAAGUUUUCUGUGGAAGAAAUCAGGAUUUUAUUUUGGCCCUAGUACAUCAUAUAUUGGCCUAAAGUAGAAAUGGAUAAUGCUCAAAACAGAAUGGCCCUCAUUUAUCACUCUUGCGUAAAACUGAGCGCAGGAUUCAUCGUACGAUAGGAAGCACGUUAGAUUUAUGAAAGGGUUCAUGUCCAACCUAUCCCUGCGUACGUAUGAUCGGGUCUUGAUAAAUGCGGCGGCUGUAAUCUAUCGUCAUUAACAUGUCACACCCUUAAGUAUUCGUGGUUCAGAAGCCUCGCCUCGGGCAUCAAGUCCUCCCGUUGCACUGGCACAGCCAACGGCACUCCAUUCGCCAGUGCAACAUUGUGCAAAACUGAAGUGGCUGAAAUGAUGUCCCACACCCUUUCAGGAGUGUACAACAACGUCCCCGCUGCUGAGCCAAGACAGAGACACCUGCCUUUUAGGAGUCAAACGCAGCGCUCCACAGUGGCGUUCGUGCGUAAUGUUGAAACAGCGCUCCUGCUCUGUGGCAGUGUUUCUGGGCAGAGGUAUCAAAUAGGCUUCUUCACUGAGGACAUAACAAAUGUACUUUAUUUUAUUUUAUUUGGUGAUGGUGAUUAAUGACAGGUUUGAGGUUUGUAUAUCCAUUAUUUUCAGACAGACAUUUGCUCAAACUUGCGUACACGAUGUCAGACCUGAUGUACGCUCAUAUGCAGAUGGAUAAAUGCCGAUCCUCACGUCACAAAUGUGUGCACAGUGUAUGUUAGUUUUCUGCCGAAUGCAAGCUUGAUAAAUGAAGGCCAAUGUGUAUUUGUCCACUUAAAGUAAUAGGGGUUUUAUUUUCACGUUUUAUAAAAAUGUUAUACUUAAAAAUUUUUCUCUCACCACAGAAAUAAAAACAACCACUUUAUUUAUCGUCAGAGUUGUACAUGUUCUUAAUGAAAAACCAUCUGUACUACGCAGAAGAUUUGAAGUCGAACUUGUGGGGCACACAGGUCUAAGAUUAGCUAACCCUGGCUUUAAGUGAAAGAGAUUGAACGUGUUAAUCUCUUAUUUCUUAAGUCAAGACGGAACUGAACCCUAACCUGCAGAAUAUAAACACUGUGACACUGUGAAUACGUUUACGACUGGGAAUGAGAUUAUUGCGGGAAGUGUUAGCUGUAUAUUGCAGGGAUCAUGUGAUCAGAGUUAUGUCAUACAAAAGUCUGUGCGUAGAGUGAGUCAAACACUCAAUCAAUCUUUAUCUAUCCUUGUAGGAGACCGGAGCACCAAUCCUCACCGAUGACGUCAGUCUGCAGGUCUUCAUGGACCACUUGAAGAAACUGGCUGUGUCCAGUUCUGCAUAAAAAUAAAUCUUUGAGUACAGAGAGACGAGGAGGAUGCAGCAUUCCCUCACAUUGGGAUCCAUUAACAUUUCCCUUGAUAUUGUGAAAGGAGCCAAACGUAGAGUGUCCACUGUGUGUGUGUUUGAUUGAUUUGACUGUGCCCUAUCUGGAGUCGAGUACUGUAUGACAUUCCAUACUGCAAAGAGAGAGCAGAGAGGGGUUUAAGCAGCCAGUCCUGAUGAGGAGACAAGUGACGCCUACGGUCCAAUUCAGUAAUUUAUUUUUGAGAAAUCGCUCCAAACGGGACUGUCCUUACGUAAGCAAUAUCAGAUGAUCUAUAGCUCUUUUAUAUUUGAUAUCACCUCUGACAUGCAGAAUGAUUAGACUUCUAACUUAAUUUUUGUGUUCUUUGUUUGUCCUUAACUGUGUGUGUGUUUUAUGUUAGACUCGGUUGAAGAUCUGCUGUUUAAUACCACACUUGUACAUGUUUGCUUUGUCUAUAGCGAAAAAUGGCAUGACCGGAAUUCCCCUCAUUAAUAUAAUAGUACCCCUAAUGUGGGUUUUAAGAGUUAUCCACAGUUUGUCUUCCCACUGACGGCUGGUUAAUUAAUCAACUUAUUUGACAGCGACUUGUUGUGAUAAAAUCCCUCGUGGAUUAUGUUGUGUGUUUUCCAGGAAAAUUCAGUCUGGAUAUUAAGGAUUAAUGUUCUGAGGAAUGGAAGUCAAUCCCAUCAACACAACUAACUCUGUUUUCAGUGACGAACAUUAAGAUUAGUUUCCUCUCGGACUUGUAAUUUUAGCCUUCAUGUCCUUUUUACCAUCUGGUAAUUUGCACCCAAUGACCGCCCAAGUGUCUUUGUAAUUAAACUUUAAUAUACUGUAACACUUUAAAAAAAGGGACAGUUGUCUGAUUUAAUGCUCUACAAACUAUAUAAAAGUCUGUCCAUGUAAAA